CGUCCCUUCCUGUUUUACUGGCGAUCAGAGAGAAACAUUGACGCCGUGAUAGAGACACGCAAGCUUCGAUAAUGUCUGGAACCGCUCGCUCCGUCCAAGACCAGGAUUUUUGUUUGCCUACGUGAAACCGGCAACCGGCAAUGUCGCCUUAUAACGCAUAUAUGACACUUGAGGAGUUAUAGUCUACAAAUAUAUUUUGUAUCGCGCUGCUGCUACCCUUGCUCCUUCUUCUGUCAAUGAUUGUCCUACCCAUAUAAGCCUACUCAUGGCGGAGACCAAAAUUAUAUACCAUAUCGACGAAGAAGAAACCCCUUAUUUAGUGAAACUGACGGUUUCUCCGGAAAAAGUCACGUUGGCGGAUUUUAAAAAUGUCCUUAAUAACCGUCCAGUCAACAGUUAUAAAUUCUUUUUCAAAUCUAUGGAUCAGGAUUUCGGAGUCGUCAAAGAAGAAAUCUCUGAUGAUAACUCCAAGCUGCCCUGCUUCAACGGCAGAGUGGUGUCCUGGUUGGUGUUGGCUGAAGGCACACACUCGGAUGGGGGAUCUCAGUGCACAGAGAGCCACAAAGAGCUACCACCACCCUUGGAGCGAACUGGAGGGAUUGGAGAUUCCAGACCCCCCUCUUUCCAUGCCAAUGCGGUGAGCAGUCGGGAUGGAUUGGACACAGAGACGGGCACAGAGUCUCUCCAGAGCCAGCGGAGAGAGCGGGAGAGGCAGAGAGCUCACAGGAGGCCACGAGAAAGUGAGUUCCCUCGCGUGAACGGUCACUCGAAAUCGGAGCGCGUGAAUCGUGACUCCGCUCUUGGCUAUGACAGCGCAUCAGUGAUAAGCAGCGAGCUGGAAUCCAGCUCAUUUAUCGACAGCGAGGAGGAUGAGGAUGCCAGCAGCCACAGACUUAGCAGUUCAACCGAGCAGAGCUCUUCAUCACACCUCAUGCGUAGACACAAACGCAGGCGACGGAGACAGAAAGUCACCAAAAUGGACAGGUCCUCAUCCUUCAGUAGUAUUACAGACUCCACAAUGAGCCUCAACAUUAUCACAGUCACUCUCAACAUGGAGAAGUACAACUUCCUGGGUAUCAGUAUAGUUGGUCAGAGUAAUGACAGAGGAGAUGGAGGCAUCUAUAUUGGCUCCAUCAUGAAAGGCGGAGCAGUGGCGGCGGAUGGCAGGAUUGAGCCUGGAGACAUGCUGUUACAGGUGAAUGAUGUGAACUUUGAGAACAUGAGCAAUGAUGAUGCUGUCAGGAUUCUACGGGAGAUCGUCUCCAAACCUGGGCCAAUAAGCCUAACAGUGGCGAAAUGUUGGGACCCUUCUCCUAGAAGCUACUUCACCAUCCCUAGAGCUGAGCCAGUAAGACCCAUUGACCCUGCAGCCUGGAUCACACACACUACAGCACUUUCUGGGCCGUACCCCCAUUAUGGUAUGAUCAAAGUCACAUUCACGUCCCACAAGAGACCAUCUGUUAGUAUAAUGGUAGAUGUAUCAUGUUCAACACCGUUAUUUCUUUCUUAUUUCACAGAGUUUGAUGACCUUCCCCUUUCUGUGCCAAAAACAGACAUGGCGACUAUAGUAAAAGUCAUGCAGCUACCAGAUUCAGGCCUGGAGAUCCGAGACCGAAUGUGGUUGAAGAUCACUAUAGCCAACGCUGUCAUCGGGGCUGAUGUUGUUGACUGGUUGUUCUCUCGGGUGGAGGGCUUCAAGGACCGCCGUGAUGCCAGAAAAUAUGCCAGCAGUUUGUUGAAACAUGGCUACCUGAGACACACAGUCAAUAAAAUCACCUUCUCGGAGCAGUGCUACUACACCUUUGGAGAUCUGUGUCAAAAUAUGGCUUCUCUCAAUCUGAACGAGGGAUCCAGUGGUGGUGGCUCUGAUCAGGAUGGGCUCCCUCCUCUUCCUCCACCAGGAACCAACCCCUGGCCCCUCGGCGGCCAGCCCUACCCUUACCCAGGUUACCCCACUCCUCCGCCAGGUUUUCCUCCUGGAUACUCGGACCCCUGCCACAGUUUCCACAGUGGUAGUGCAGGCAGCCAGCAGAGUGAAGGUAGCAGAAGCAGUGGCUCCAACCCCAGCGCUGGGAAAGGACGGAGACCCUCCCCUCGAGAGAAGGACCAUAAGGCGCCGUGCUGUGGGGGCAGCGAAUCCGAACUGGGCACGUGGGUCGGAAGGAGGGGUGAGAAGGCAUCCAGUCAGCUGAGUCAUCCAAGUCACAGCCACAGUCGCUCUGCUGUCAGUCAAGCCCACUCUGGGUACAGUCAUGGCCACUGUCACAGCAUCUCGCAGCAUAGCCACAACUUCACCUACACCCACGCCCCUUUCGUUCAGCCCAAUCAUCUGUCCUGUGCUCACAGUGAGAGAAGUCACGGCUCUUCCUACGGCCCGCCGGGUUUGCCCCCUCCGUACUGCCUUGCUCACCUCGCCCCCAAAGCGGCAGCAAGCAACAGCGCACCUGGGGCUCCACCCAUUCGGGAGUUAGGAAACGUCCCACCAGAACUCACGGCUAGUCGGCAGUCUUUUCAACACGCUAUGGGAAAUCCUUGUGAAUUUUUCGUUGAUAUUAUGUGACAGGAGAGUGCCUUUAACCCUUUCAGAGCACAAGGCCUAUAGUUCCCCCGAGUUUGUUUCAUGAAUUUUUGCUACUGACGAUCCCUGCACUGAGAAUGUACUAACUGAUAGCCCCGAUUUAAAUUACCCAAUAAUGAAAAUUGUCAUUUUUUU